AUGUCUACAGCUGCGCGCCGCCGCUUGAUGCGAGACUUCAAGCGCAUGCAAACCGACCCUCCCGCCGGUGUCUCUGCGUCUCCCGUCCCUGACAAUGUCAUGACUUGGAACGCCGUCAUCAUCGGCCCCGCCGACACCCCCUUCGAGGACGGCACCUUUCGACUGGUGAUGCAGUUCGAGGAGCAGUAUCCGAACAAGCCCCCGCAGGUCAAGUUCAUCAGCGAGAUGUUCCACCCAAACGUUUACGCCACCGGAGAGCUUUGCCUGGAUAUCCUGCAAAACCGAUGGAGUCCCACGUACGAUGUCGCCGCUGUUCUGACCAGCAUUCAGAGUCUUCUCAACGACCCCAAUACCGGCUCGCCCGCAAACGUCGAGGCUUCCAAUCUGUACAAGGACAACAGGAAGGAGUAUACCAAGCGUGUCAGAGAGACGGUCGAGAAGAGCUGGGAGGACUAA